GAAAAAGACGUACAAACACCUGGCCUCGCCUGAAAUCAACACAAUCUAUCAUCACCUCAAACCAAAAUCCACCGUACAAAAGACCGGAAAAAGUCGUACGACGCGACGCCGUUUACCGACACGUUUCGGUGUUGUCGUUAUUCCUUUGCUGUUAAGAAACCCCCCUCUCUCUUGGAAUGAAUAAAGCAAUCGAUCAUUCUCUCUAAAAUUGUCCCAUUUCUUUGAUGCGCAAUUGGGUAUAUUCUUUUUCAGAAUUUGGUUCCAAUGAAGGAAGCCAUCAACGGUGAACGGGGAGAGCCAAGCGUACCGUUGGUUGUGCCAAAUGACGGUUUGAGAAAUAAUGGUCUCAUUCCCCAGCUAUUUACCUCUGUACCAUCACUCAAUGAAGCUGCCUCUUAUCUUGCACAAACAACUUCUUUGUUUACUGGAUGUUUCUCUGAUUAUUCUGUAGAACCCUCCUAUAGAGAUUCUGGGAAUUCCAUUGUACAUGCACAGGAAUUAAUAACGUUUUCUUCUGGAGAAACUAUGGGGUCUGUGGUUACCACUAAUGCUGCAGCUGCUGCUCCUCUAAAUAGUGAAAUAGCAAGCACCUCAGCGGGAGAGUCUUCUCAAGAUGCUAGUGGAGAUGUAAAUCAUACUGGACAAAAUGGAAUUUCAAUGUUUAAAAGCCUUAUUGACCGGGCACGACGGACGGUUCGUGGGUCUGCAGAUGAUAUAGGUUGGCUACAACGUGCUUCAGGAAUGCCACCAGUUGAAGAUGGAACCGGAAGAUUCAUGGAAAUUCUUGACAAUGUCCGGCAUGGUCUUCACAAGUUGCCAAACUCAAUGGUGUAUUUGCUGGUUCCAGGUCUUUUCAGCAACCAUGGACCGCUAUAUUUUGUUAACACAAAGAAUAGUUUCUCAAAGAUGGGUCUAGCCUGUCAUAUUGCCAAGAUUCACAGCGAGGCUUCAGUUGAGAAAAAUGCCAGAGAGAUAAAAGAGUACAUUGAGGAAAUCUAUUGGGGUUCCAGAAAACGCGUUUUGCUUCUUGGACAUAGCAAAGGGGGAGUAGAUGCAGCUGCUGCUUUAUCACUUUAUUGGUCUGAUUUGAAAGAUAAGGUUGCUGGAUUAGCAUUAGCACAGAGUCCUUAUGGUGGCAGCCCCAUAGCUUCGGAUAUCUUGCGAGAAGGACAGCUCGGCGAUUAUGUUAAUAUACGGAAACUUAUGGAGAUUCUGAUCUGUAAAGUGAUUAAGGGUGACAUGCAAGCUUUGGAAGAUUUGACUUACGAGAAGAGGAGACAAUUUUUGACAAAACAUCAAUUGCCAAAAGAACUCCCUGUGGUUUCAUUCCACACAGAAGCUGGCAUUUCUCCUGCCGUUUUAGCCACAUUAUCUCACGUUGCACAUGCUGAGCUCCCAGUGGUUGCUCCCCUAUCUGCAGCACAACCUGCCAAACUCCCAGUGGUAAUUCCCCUUGGUGCUGCAAUGGCUGCGUGUGCCCAGCUGCUGCAAACCAGGUACGGCGAGAAGAGCGACGGCCUUGUCACGUGCCGCGACGCAGAAGUCCCCGGAUCCAUUGUCGUGCGGCCGAAACGAAAAUUGGACCAUGCAUGGAUGGUGUACUCAUCAUUGAACGAUGACUCAUCUGAAGCAGACGCCUCCCAAGUGUGCGAGGCUCUUUUGACGUUACUGGUGGAGGCUGGGCAGAAGAGGAGGCAUGAACUUUCAAUGAAAGAUGAAUGAGGGCAGUGAGGUUGGUUUCCACUUUCCAUCUCAUUGUCAUGAAGUUGUUGUUGCUGUAAAUUGUAAUGAUGUUAUCUUUUUUCUUUUCUUAAUUGUUUUUACUUUCUCUUCUCCAUUCUAAAAAAAAUUACAUAGUUUUUUCAAUGGUCUAGAUUUAGUUUCAAGUUUUUUAAGAAAAAAAAAAAUAGUGAAAUUAAAUCUGAAUCGUUGAAAAAACUAUAAAAAAUCAUGCACCUAAGUUGAGGAUGAUAUUUUUGUACAAUGGUUAGGACUACACGUGUCAACUUUUAGAAACUCAAACGUGUUAUCAUCAAACACGUUUCUCUUCUCUAAUCAAGCUGAAAGAGCUUUCAUUUUUGUGGUGAAA